GCCCGUGCUCUAAUAAGUGAAAGAAGUCAAGAUGCUUCAAUUGAUUCAUCUGAAUUGAAUGAACAAGUUUUUCAAGAAGUUAUGGGAGAAGAACACAAUGGUAGGGUGAGAGGUGUUGGACUUGGUCCUACUCCAACUAGUUAUUAUGGUAGAAAGAGAGCAAGAAAUGAAUCUUCGGAUUUUGUCCAAUCCAAAAAAAUUGAAUUUCUUGAGAAGCAAUUGGAAGAAGUGACUAAAAAUUAUGACACAGUAACAACAACUUUAAAUGGUUUGAAAGCAUGGAUUUCCAAGACAUUUCCUGGUGCUCUAGAGGAAAUUAAUGAGGAAGCAAUUAAUCAAGAUCAUUGUUCUCCAAACAAUAUUUCAUCACACUCAAGUCAUAACCCAGGAGAUGAUAUCUAGAUGGUUAGCUUUUAAGAUUAUUUGAAAUUUAGUCAUCUGCU